AGAGACUUUUGUUUGCUUUUUUUGAAUUUGAGGAAGGUCUGUUCUUGAGUAAUUUUCAAGUUGAAAACAUGGGGAAAGCUACGAGGUGGCUGAGAGCGCUGCUUGGAAUGAAGAAAGGGAAAGAAAAGGAGCGGAAUCGGUGGAGCAAAGAUUCCGCCGGAUUGAGGGAUAUUCCGGCCGUAGACGCCGCGUGGCUGAGAUCUUCGCUUGUCUCAUCGGAGAAGGAGCAGACUAAUCACGCCAUUGCAGUUGCCGCCGCCACCGCAGUCGCAGCGGAUGCCGCAGUCGCCGCCGCGAAGGCGGCAGCGGCGGUGGUCAGGCUCACCAGCGGCGGCGGCGGUGCUGCCAUCAAAAUUCAGGCUGUUUUUAGAGGCUUUUUGGCCCGAAAAGCACUGAGGGCUCUAAGAGGGCUUGUGAAGUUACAAGCACUUGUUAGAGGCUAUCUUGUAAGAAAACGAGCUGCCGCGACUCUGCAUAGUAUGGAGGCUCUUAUUCGGGCCCAGGUCCUUGUUCAGGCCCGAAGGGCCCGUAGGAUAACGAACAAGCUCCAGCCCGAUGCCCCGUCAAGGAAAUCCAUGCAGGAGAGAAGUGAAUUAAUUCAAAGCAAGAGGAUUCCCGCUUGUUUUGAUCCAUCGGGCGAAAGCCCGAAAAUAGUCGAGAUCGACACCUGUCGGGCCGAAUCGAGGUCUAGGAGAAUGAGCAACGAUGAUCGCUCUCUGUCUUCCCCUAAGAAAUACGUCCUUGACCAUCAAGAUUUCGACUGGGGAUUCGUCCCACAAGGAUGCAAGUCUUUGACCGCGCACAACACACCGAGGUUUGGUUGCUCGGGCCGGGCCAUGAUCGUCCCAGAAGAAUGCAAGUCCUCAAGUGGCUUUUUGGGCCGGGCCACCACACCUGCCAGGAGCGUGUGUGGUGACACUUUCCUCGGGUCAUACUCGAACUACCCCAACUACAUGACGAAAACGCAGUCGUUCAGGGCGAAGCUGAGGUCCCAAAGCGCCCCGAAGCAAAGGCCCGAACCCGGCCCGAGGAGAUGGAUGUUGUUGAAUGAAAUAGUGGGAUCAAGAAGUAGCUUCACCGGUGUUAGAAUGCAGGGAUCAUGUAUUAAGGUCGAAGAAGAUUUUGAGCUUUAGUGUGUGUUUUUAUUUUUAUGUGUGCUUUAAUGUUGAAGUUUGUCUGUGGGAUGGAACUAGCAUAGAUUAUGUCUGUUGGUUUCUUUUACUUUGGCUCGCUGUGACAAUACAUAGAAUUUUAAAUGUGUAAAUCAGUGUGGACUCCGCUCUCCAUUUACUUCUA